GGGAUUUCCGAUCUUACGGGAUGGUAAGAGCGACAGUAUCUUCACCUAAGGCAGCGCCAGCACCACGUGUGAGGGAAAUGAAAAUCAUUUUGGACGAAGUAAAUGCAUGGAACGAAGACGGUGCACCUUUUCUUGUGAGGCGGCCUUUUGUUGUGAUUCAUUGGAUCAGCGACUUGGAUUUUGACGCCGGAAGCGAUGCGGAUUUUGACUUCCAAAGCGAUGCCACCAUCGUGUUGUCUGACGAGGAAAGAAGCAAUGGCACUAUCGACUUGGAUAGCACCAUCGAUUUAACCGAUGAAGAAGUGGAAAGCAUUAGCCAUUCCGCUGCAACCGACCACGAGAAAAGUGACAAAAGCAAAAACGCUAUGGAGAAAUCCGACAGAAAAGGGAAUCACACCGACGUUACCGGGGAAAGUGCAAACAAUGGAAAUGCUGUAGCACUUUCGGAGAGAGAAGCAGAUGGAAAUUACGUUGCUGACUUACUCGAUGAUGAUUUGGACAGCGUCAGGACCAGUAACACUCCUUGGCCUAUCGAUGAGGGUUGGGCUGCGAUCAGUAACAGUCCCUGGCCUAUUCAGGAAGAUGCCAACAGCAACACCGUCUGGUCCGAUGAAAUCAAAAGCAACAACAGUCCCUGGAUGUCCGCAGAAGAUGAGGGCAGCGACGUCGAUGUGCUAAACGUGGACUUCCCCUUACAAAGAGAAGUUAUGUGGCUAAAAAUCCAAUCCAGAAUGCAGCAUGACAGCACCCUUAUUGGCUUGUACACAGAAGACUUUAUGUCGAGAAAGCGCAAAGAUCCAAACUUCACAUUUGAUCAAUGGCUGGACAUCAAAGUGCAGGAGGAAGUCGAAGCGAGAGAUGUUGAAGAGGCUGGUAGCGGCUACAAUAUGGAUCAUAUUUCGGAUACCGGUGGUGCUGCAGCAACCGCUUCAGACAGCUCUGCCUUCUGUGAAUGAACACAUGUUUCACGCGCUGUUAAUCUCACAGUCGUAAUACUCCAUUUCAUGGUUUCAUACAUGCUCACCGAACAGAGGGGUGAGUAUAGAUUGGGAAUUUCUUGUGCUAUAUCAUCAGUGACAUUUUUUUAAAGUUUAUUAUGUUUCGCUAUGCUAAGUAGUGUGAUUUUGUUUUGCUUUUGUAUCGUAUACUUGCUUUUGCUCUGUGUGCCUACACGUCUUUCGUGG